CUCUCUCUCUCUCUCUCUCUCGGGUCUUCUUCCUCCGACUCUCUCCUGUGUCUCCAGACUGAAGUCAUGGAAUCAGACAUCUCUUCAUGUCCUGCAGUCUGAUCCUCAGGAAUCAUCGGAUCUGAUGGGACAUUUAAGGAUGUUUUUCCCCGAUGUCUCAUAUUCACUGCUGUUGUUGGGAAUCUCGUGUCUGACUGGCUUCACUAAGACUUCACAGGAGUUCUCAGGUUAUCUGUCCCGUGUGCUGAGGAAUUACACUGAACAGGCGUGUGACGGAGAAUUCCUGACUGUCCGCUGCCCGCCCAGAACCUCCAUCACCGUCCAAUCGGCUUUCUACGGCAGAAAAGACCCCGCCCACUCACCUCAGUGCCCAUCCACUUACAGCAGUGCUGGAACACACUCCGUGAAUGACAUCACUUCCUGUCAUGUGUCUACAUCUUUGCAGAAGAUGUUGGAUGAAUGCGAGGACAGGCGGAGAUGUGAGGUUCUUGUCAACAGUCGUUUGUUUGGGACGGACCCCUGCCCGACCAUUAGCAAAUACCUCAGUGUGCGGUACAAGUGCAGGCCGAAUGAGUAUAAGAGUAAAGUGGUGUGUGAAGGGGAGCGGUUGCGCUUGGGCUGUAAGACGGGGAUGCAAAUCGCGGUUUAUUCCUCCAUGUUUGGCCGCACGCAGAAGGGAACGCUGGAGUGUCCUCCACACCACCAGAGAGCGCCGUCUGUCGACUGCUCGUCUGAUGUGGCUCUGACGGUGAUGACAUCACGUUGCCAGGGGAAACGCUCCUGUGUGGUCCGCGCCUCUGCACAAGAGUUUGGAGACCCCUGUUACCGUGGCACCCGCAAAUACCUCAGCGUGAUACACACCUGUG